AUGUUAUCAGGGUAUCUCGAUGCGUGGCAAUUUCAACAAUUGUCACAGUUCUCAUCUCUUCGUGGACAGGAGAUCCACACCCUUGAUUUUCAACCUUUCAAUGGGUUCGCUAUAAUGCUUAUUUUGGAAUGUUGUCGGGGUAGCAGGGAUUUGUGGCCAAAGAGAAAAACGGACAUCACACCACACGGCGUCUUCCACCCUCCUCUUCAAAAGAAACGUCAUGGUUGGCAUAGAUACACACUGGCUACUAUACAAAGAAACGACGGACCAAGUUUACAAAGAGCCCAACCCAAUAUGUGGCUGAUGUCAAAGCUCCAGAGCGUUGGAUCUUCCACAUCACAAUCCCACUGUUUGUCACUUCUUGCUUUUACACCGCAUGUACCGUUCGAGUCCUUUGUCUCAUAUUUUUCAUAG